GCACACACACACAUACUCGCACUCACACAGGCACAAUCACUACCAUUCGCACGUUCGCUCUUGCAUAAACAGGCAAUCGGGAAGACAAGGAGGCGGUGGGAAAGACGAUACCAGCCAGACGGUGAGAAGAAAGACUGCCGUGUGUGGUGCGUAGUCGUGUGUUUAAUGAGUCUACUGGAUUUCCUUCUGGAGGAGUUUGCAUUGUAUGCAUAAAGCUGGAUUCAGCUCCAAGUGCAGCUACAUCAUCCGUCUGCAUCACUUCUUUGUGCGUUAGCCAAAGCAGGACUAGAGCAGAUUGUGCGUGUGUCUGGAAGUAUCUGACAGCUUCCUGAAGGACCCAACGCUGUCCAGACAGACAGAGCGACUAAGGAAGAAAAAGCGAGGGAGACAAAGUCAAGGCAUGAGCAGGAGACCGGCGGCUUGCUUUCCAUAAGAAGUGAUCUCUCUGACCCCUCUUCCUUCCCUUAUUGCUUCUACCCCUUCUGUGCGCCCAGACCUGUCCUUGUACGGCUAUCCCAUCCUUGCCUUCCUCUUCUCUCUCCAUCUCUACGAUUUCCUCGCAGGAAAAGCAAGCGGAUAGUGCAGCUCACACGAGUGCAACUACCACACAGUGACGGACAGAAGGACAACCGGAGGUUCCGUGGCACUUCUCAUCACACGAUCACCUCUCUUAUCCAGCCUCUUAUUGUUUUGCCAUUUUCUAUACGGAUCUAGCUGAACAAGCAGGAGGCAUUUUAAGUUUUGGACCCAGCACGCAAGUCUUACUAGUGCCACGGCAAGAGGGAUUCCAGCUACAUGGGCAAACGCUUGGAACAGCAACCAAUGUACCCCCAGUACACCUACUACUACCCUCAUUAUCUCCAGACUAAGCAGUCCUAUGCCCCUCCCCCACCUCCAAUGGCUCCACCCAGCCCCAGCACCAACAGCAGCAGCCAGAGUGCAGUGGAGCAACUCAGCAAAACCAACCUGUACAUCCGUGGCCUCCCUCCUGGCACCACUGACCAGGACCUCAUUAAACUCUGCCAACCGUAUGGAAAAAUAGUGUCCACAAAGGCAAUACUUGAUAAAAACACAAACCAAUGCAAAGGCUAUGGCUUUGUGGAUUUUGACAGUCCUGCAGCAGCGCAGAAAGCUGUGGCCUCUCUAAAGGCUAGUGGAGUGCAGGCGCAGAUGGCCAAGCAACAGGAGCAGGACCCCACCAACCUGUACAUCUCCAAUCUGCCUGUGUCCAUGGAUGAGCAGGAGCUAGAAAACAUGCUCAAGCCCUUCGGCCAUGUCAUUUCCACACGGAUACUGAGAGAUGCCAGUGGAGUUAGCCGAGGUGUUGGAUUUGCGAGGAUGGAGUCCACUGAGAAAUGUGAUGUGGUAAUUCAGCAUUUCAAUGGCAAGUUUCUCAAAACCCCGCCAGGAGUGCCAGCACCCGCAGAGCCUCUGCUGUGUAAGUUUGCAGACGGGGGUCAGAAGAAGCGACAGAGCCAGAGCAAGUACCCCCAGAACGGCAGGCCGUGGCCUCGGGAAGGAGAGAGUGGCGUGGCAUUACCCUACGACCCUGCCGCAAUGCACAACGGGUUCUACUCCUCACCAUACAGCAUUUCCACCAACCGCAUGAUCGCCCAGACAUCAAUCACUCCAUUCAUUGCUGCCUCACCAGUCUCCACAUAUCAGGUGCAAAGUACGUCCUGGAUGCCUCACCAGCAGUAUGUUAUGCAGCCUACUGGUGCUGUGAUUACGCCAGCUAUGGACCACACCCUUUCCAUGCAGCCAGCCAACAUGAUGGGGCCACUUACCCAGCAGAUGAACCAUCUGUCCUUAGGCACCACUGGCACUUACAUGACAGCAGCUGCUGCUGCAGCACCUAUGCAGGGAACUUACAUUCCCCAGUACACUGCGGUGCCUGCCUCAGCCAUCUCAGUGGAGGGCGUGGUGACAGAGGCUUCUCCGCAAAGUGUCCCUCCCUCUUCCCAGGAUUCCAGCGGGCAGCAGCAGACUCUGUGUGUGGAUGGCACAGGCGAUCAUGGACCCACUUACUCCUACCAGCCUGCGAAAUAACAAGAGGAGGAGAAGGGGGGUGUUUGGGUGACUGCGUUGCCUUGAGAUUGGGGGACUGUGCUGAGGACGAAAGGAAAGACUGAGCA